ACCCGUGAUAAGACAGUACCGAGGGAGGAAGCACCGAUCCGACUUGAAGCCCAGAGUCUGGCGCAGAUCCCCCCUCUUCCCCGCCCCCACCAGCCUGUACCCCUUGGCUCAGAGCUCCGGGGCUUGCGGGGCGAACCUAGCUGCACACAGGGGCUGUUAACUGGCAUUUGAGAAGCCGUGAGCCAUUAGAGCAAACGCAGUCAUAAAACUUCAUUCAACUCAAGCCGCUUGAGAGCUCGGCUUACACAGGUUCCUGUGGGCAACUAGUGGCUCGCCCGAGUGCCUCUCGCCUAGUCAUCAGUCCCUAAGAGGAAAAGGGAAAGUUACGGGGCUGAUGCGCUCUUCGAUGCACGCAGUUGUUCCUUAGGACAAGUCACUCCGCUUCACCACCACCCUCCCCCAAUCUGAUCAUCACUCACGACCACGUCCGCUGGAGACCCUUAGUCAUGGUGGGGGGGAGGGGCACGAACUUUUCUAAGAAGUUUCCUUUUUACCAAGAGAGUCACAGUAAGUUGGUCACGUAACUGGCUCAGAGCGGCUGCUGUUGCCCCCUCCCCUCGCCCCCUCCCCGCUGCGCUUUUCUGGUAUUCCUAUUAAAGCGGUAGCCGGCUGGUGCAGAAAAGCAACAAGUUCCCCAGCGGUCUUCCCGCCCUAGCCUGACAAGGCGAAGGUUUUCUUACUUGACGACAGGGAAAUCUCCUGAGCCGAGCUCAUCUUUACCAGAGCCCCGGGUGUGACCUGAGCAGUGGGCAAAGGAGCGGUGUGCAGACUGGAUUAUUUUUUUUUUAUGGGGGUACUCUGAAACUCCCUCACUUUCUCUGGGAACUUUUUGUGCCAGGACGCAGUGAAAGGCGGUGAGAAGGAUGCUUCAGGAAACACCCGCUAUCUAGCAGGGCAGUUGGAUAGUCAUUGGUAACCUCGCUCAUUCAUUAGAAUCACGUAUGAACUCAAAGGGAAACGUGUCUCUCAAAAUGAGGGCGUUUGCGUAAAUCUAUAGGUUUUUCAACAUCGAUGCCAAUUGCUUUGUCUUCUGUAGUCGUCAAGGUGGUUGAGAGUUUAAGCUUGCGGAUAUUGCAAAGGGUUAUUAGAUUCAUAAGUCACACCAAGUGGUGGGCGAUCCACUGAGCAAAGCCGAACUUCUCACAUGAUGACUUCAAACAAGACACAUUACCUUCCAGCAUCUGUUGGGGAGACGAGAUUUUAAGACACUGAGUCUCCAGGACAGCAAAGCCACAAUGUUCCACCAGGUGAGAAGAGUGAUGACCAUCCUUUUCCUUACUAUGGUUAUUUCAUACUUCGGUUGCAUGAAGGCUGCGCCCAUGAAAGAAGCAAGCAUCCAUGGACAAGGCAGCUUGGCCUACCCAGGUGUGCGGACCCAUGGGACUCUGGAGAGCGUGAAUGGGCCCAGGGCAGGUUCGAGAGGUCUGUCGACAUCCCUGGCUGACACUUUUGAACAUGUGAUCGAAGAGCUACUGGAUGAGGACCAGAAGGUUCGGCCCAACGAAGAAAACCAUAAGGACGCGGACUUGUAUUCUUCCCGGGUGAUGCUCAGCAGUCAAGUGCCUUUGGAGCCUCCUCUCCUCUUUCUGCUAGAGGAAUACAAAAAUUACCUGGAUGCUGCAAACAUGUCUAUGAGAGUCCGGCGCCACUCUGACCCAGCCCGCCGUGGGGAGCUGAGCGUGUGUGACAGUAUUAGCGAGUGGGUCACAGCGGCAGAUAAAAAGACUGCAGUGGACAUGUCGGGUGGGACUGUCACAGUCCUGGAGAAAGUCCCGGUAUCAAAAGGCCAACUGAAGCAAUAUUUCUACGAGACCAAGUGUAAUCCCAUGGGUUACACAAAGGAAGGCUGCAGGGGCAUAGACAAAAGGCACUGGAACUCGCAAUGCCGAACUACCCAGUCGUAUGUUCGGGCGCUUACUAUGGAUAGCAAAAAGAGAAUUGGCUGGCGUUUCAUAAGGAUAGACACUUCCUGUGUAUGUACACUGACCAUUAAGAGGGGAAGAUAGUGGAUUUAUGUUGUAUAGAUUAUAUUGAGAUAAAAAUUAUCUAUUUGUAUAUAUACAUAACAGGGUAAAUUAUUCAGUUAAGAAAAAAUAAUUUUAUGAACUGCAUGUAUAAAUGAAGUUUAUACAGUACAGUGGUUCUACAAUCUAUUUAUUGGACAUAUCCAUGACCAGAAAGGAAACAGUCAUUUGCGCACAACUUUAAAAGUCUGCAUUACAUUCCUCGAUAAUGUUGUGGUUUGUUGCCGUUGCCAAGAAUUGAAAACAAAAAGUUAAAAAAAAAAUAAUAAAUUGCAUGCUGCUUUAAUUGUGAAUUGAUAAUAAACUGUCCCUCUUUCAAAAAACAGACAAAAAAAAAACAAAAACAAAAACAAAAAUUUGAACCAAAACAUUCCGUUUACAUUUUAGACACUAAGUAUCUUCGUUAUUGUUAGUACUCUGUUUUACUGCUUUCGACUUCUGAUAGCGUUGGAAUUAAAACAAUGUCAAGGUGCUGUUGUCAUUGCUUUACUGGCUGAGGGAAUGGGGGAAGGGAGGGGUAUAUUUCUGUUUGUUUUGUGUUUUAUUUUGUUUGUUUGUUUGUUUUGUUUUUUUAGUUCUACCAGGAAUAGGGAUGGAGAAAAUUUCUUCAGUAUCCAUUCUGGUUGAUAAAACGUUACAUUUGUAUGUUGUAAAGAUGUUUGCAAAAUCCAAUCAGAUGACUGGAAGUGAAUAAAAAUUAAGGCAACUGAAUAAAAUGCUCACACUCCA